AAACAAACAGCAAAAAGUCGCGCUUAAACUUUUUCGAAAUUAAAUAAAACACACACACGAAUUUCAGCCACGAAGAGGAAGAGAAGGCUGAAAAAGCGAAAAAAAACAUCGUGUGUGUGUGUGUGGUAGUGUGCAUGUGUGUAAGAGUAUCUGUGUGUGUGUGUACGUGUACGUGUACGUGUGCAUGUCUCUCGGAGAGCGUGAGCUUAAAGUGUGGCUGUGUGUGUGUGCUUGCGAGCUGGAAUGAGACGCCAUCAAAGCUGAGCAGCGAAUAAUAAAAUGCAAAAUAAAAAUAGUGAUUAAUAACAGCAGCCAGAACCAGCAGCAACAACAAAUGCUAGUGCGGAAAGCGCGUACAAAAUAGUGAAAAUACUCAAAAAACAACAACACCAUCAAAUUGGUUGGAAAACGCAAAUGCCAGGCGAAACGCCCCCGCACCGACCCGCCCCCUCAACACUUGCGCCCUUCAGUGUUCAGCAGCAGCAACAGCAACAACAGCAGCAACAAGAGUAGCAAUAGCAGCAACAUGAGCAGCAGCAACAUCAAAUGUUAGGCCAAAAUGCACAAACCGCCAGCAACAAAGGCAGCAGCAGCAAUCAAACGAAACAACAACAGUUCCACAUACCACAAAGAGUGGCACAUUAGAAGCGGCCAAAAGCAGCCAGCCGAGAGCAUUGUGUAAGCCAAAGGCCCAGAGAGCCAGGCUAAAAGCCCCCAGACGCACAACAACAACAACAGCAACAACUAAAACAGCACAAAGAGUGGCGAAAGGUGCACCCACCAGCAAAACAGCAACAACAGCAAACAGCAAACAGCAGCCACAUUUCAGUUCCAGCUCCAGACUCCAGACUCCCAGGUUGCAGACUCCCCAAGCAAACAGACUCCAACCAAGUCCACGAUCCAGCUCCAGUUCCACAGAUCCAGCGAUCCAGCGAUCCACUGUUCCUGCGUGCUCGAGUGCCAUAGAUCCUCACCAAGUGCCAAAAUCCGCAUCCUGAUCCCGAGAGCUCAAGGCACCCCGGCCCAAAACUGAGCUGAGAACGAAGCGAAGGAAGUUCCUUAGUGCCAUAGAAAGCAGUGAAUGAAACAACGACUAAGACGAAGAUCGACCAUCGACCAUCGAGCUUCGACCAUCCGGAAGCGGAGCUAAAUUCGAACGAAAGAAACCACAAAGUGCCUUCCAUCAAUCCGUUGAUAAGUGAUAUUUAUUAUGUUUAUACUUGCCAGCAGCCGAGGCAGCAACAGCAAUAGCAACAACCACAGGGGAUCACGGCAUCGAUGAUCAGACCACGACCAAGUCCUAGUGCAAUCCGGAAUCCAGUUCAAAUUAGUUCAGUAAGCCGUAACUAGCACGUAUAAUGUCCACAUCCACCGCCACAACGAGCGUUAUCACGUCCAACGAGCUCUCGCUGUCCGGCCACGCCCACGGUCACGCCCACGGUCACGGGCACGCCCACCAGCUGCACCAGCACACCCACAGCCGCCUAGGAGUUGGCGUCGGUGUCGGCAUCCUCAGCGACGCAUCCCUAUCGCCCAUCCAGCAAGGCAGUGGCGGCGGCAGCGGCGGAGGAGGAGGCAACACAAACAGUUCACCACUGGCGCCCAACGGAGUGCCACUGCUCACGACAAUGCACCGAUCACCGGACUCACCGCAGCCGGAAUUGGCCACCAUGACGAACGUCAACGUGCUGGAUCUGCACACGGAUAACUCCAAGCUGUACGACAAGGAGGCUGUCUUCAUCUACGAAACGCCCAAGGUGGUGAUGCCCGCGGACGGCGGCGGUGGCAAUAAUUCCGAUGAAGGUCAUGCCAUCGAUGCGCGGAUUGCGGCCCAAAUGGGCAACCAAGCCCAACAGCAGCAGCAGCAGCAGCAGCAACAGCAGACGGAGCACCAGCCGCUGGCCAAGAUCGAGUUCGAUGAGAACCAGAUAAUCCGGGUCGUGGGACCAAACGGCGAGCAGCAGCAAAUCAUCUCGCGAGAGAUCAUCAACGGGGAGCAUCACAUCCUGUCGCGCAACGAGGCUGGUGAGCACAUUCUCACCCGGAUCGUCAGUGAUCCGUCCAAGCUGAUGCCCAACGACAAUGCGGUGGCCACGGCCAUGUACAACCAGGCCCAGAAGAUGAACAAUGACCACGGACAGGCGGUGUACCAGACAUCCCCAUUGCCGCUGGACGCCUCCGUUUUGCAUUACAGUGGCGGCAAUGACUCGAAUGUGAUUAAAACCGAGGCCGACAUCUACGAGGAUCAUAAGAAGCAUGCGGCUGCAGCAGCAGCUGCUGCCGGCGGUGGAUCCAUCAUCUACACCACCUCCGAUCCGAACGGAGUGAAUGUGAAACAACUGCCCCAUUUGACGGUGCCACAGAAACUGGAUCCCGACCUCUAUCAAGCCGAUAAGCACAUCGAUUUGAUCUACAACGAUGGCAGCAAGACGGUGAUCUACUCCACCACGGAUCAGAAGGGACUGGAGAUAUACUCGGGCGGCGACAUCGGCAGUCUGGUGUCCGACGGCCAAGUGGUGGUCCAGGCGGGACUGCCGUAUGCCACCACCACCGGAGCCGGCGGCCAGCCCGUCUACAUUGUGGCCGACGGUGCCUUGCCAGCGGGAGUCGAGGAGCAUCUGCAGAGUGGAAAGCUCAAUGGCCAGACCACACCUAUCGAUGUCUCUGGCCUAUCGCAAAAUGAGAUUCAAGGCUUUCUGCUCGGCUCACACCCCUCGUCAUCGGCGACGGUCAGCACCACCGGCGUUGUCUCCACGACAACGAUCUCGCAUCACCAGCAGCAGCAGCAGCAGCAACAGCAGCAGCAACAGCAGCAGCAGCAACACCAGCAGCAACAUCCCGGCGAUAUUGUGAGUGCCGCUGGCGUGGGGAGCACGGGCUCCAUUGUCUCCUCGGCGGCGCAGCAGCAGCAACUAAUUAGCAUCAAACGAGAGCCCGAAGACUUGCGCAAGGAUCCCAAGAACGGCAACAUUGCCGGUGCUGCCACCGCAAAUGGACCGGGUUCGGUCAUAACGCAGAAGAUCUUGCACGUGGAUGCACCAACGGCAAGUGAAGCUGAUAGGCCCAGCACACCCAGCAGCAGCAGCAUCCGCACUGAAAACACUGACUCGGAGCCACAUUCAGCAUCUGGAUUAGGAUCAGGAUCAGAAUCAGGAUCGCCGGGAGCCAGGACCACAGCCACACUUGAGAUGUAUGCAACCACGGGCGGCACACAGAUCUACCUACAGACCUCACAUCCCAGCACGGCGAGCGGAGCGGGCGGCGGCGCCGGACCCGCUGGAGCCGCCGGUGGCGGCGGUGUGUCCAUGCAGGCGCAGAGUCCCAGUCCGGGUCCCUAUAUCACGGCCAAUGACUAUGGCAUGUAUACGGCCAGUCGCCUGCCACCCGGUCCCCCGCCCACCAGCACCACCACGUUCAUAGCGGAGCCCUCCUACUACCGGGAAUACUUUGCGCCGGACGGCCAGGGUGGCUAUGUGCCGGCCAGCACGAGGUCUCUGUACGGCGACGUGGAUGUAUCCGUAUCUCAGCCCGGCGGCGUGGUCACCUACGAGGGCCGCUUCGCCGGCAGCGUUCCCCCGCCCGCCACCACCACCGUGCUCACCAGCGUGCACCACCACCAGCAGCAGCAGCAGCAACAGCAACAACAGCAGCAUCAGCAGCAGCAACAACACCACCAGCAGCAACAGCAUCAUUCGCAGGAUGGCAAAAGCAACGGCGGUGCCACGCCCCUCUACGCCAAAGCCAUCACGGCGGCGGGUCUAACGGUGGAUCUGCCAAGUCCGGACUCGGGCAUUGGCACGGAUGCCAUCACACCGCGGGAUCAGACCAAUAUCCAACAGUCCUUCGAUUACACGGAAUUGUGCCAGCCGGGCACGCUGAUCGAUGCCAAUGGCAGCAUACCCGUCAGCGUGAACAGCAUCCAGCAGAGGACGGUGGUCCAUGGCAGCCAGAACAGCCCCACCACAUCGCUGGUGGACACCAGCACCAAUGGAUCCACGCGGUCGCGGCCCUGGCACGACUUUGGACGUCAGAAUGAUGCCGACAAAAUACAAAUACCAAAAAUCUUCACAAACGUGGGCUUCCGAUAUCACCUGGAGAGCCCCAUCAGCUCAUCGCAGAGGCGCGAGGACGAUCGCAUCACCUACAUCAACAAGGGUCAGUUCUACGGAAUAACGCUGGAGUAUGUGCACGAUGCGGAAAAGCCCAUCAAGAACACCACCGUCAAGAGUGUGAUCAUGCUAAUGUUCCGCGAGGAGAAGAGUCCCGAGGAUGAGAUCAAGGCCUGGCAAUUCUGGCACAGUCGUCAGCAUUCCGUGAAGCAGAGAAUCUUGGAUGCAGAUACGAAGAACUCGGUUGGCCUCGUUGGCUGCAUCGAGGAAGUGUCGCACAAUGCCAUCGCCGUCUACUGGAAUCCGCUGGAGAGCUCCGCCAAGAUCAACAUUGCGGUUCAGUGCUUGAGCACGGAUUUCAGCAGUCAAAAGGGAGUUAAGGGCCUGCCGCUGCACGUACAAAUCGACACAUUCGAGGACCCCAGAGAUACGGCGGUCUUCCACCGCGGCUACUGUCAAAUAAAGGUCUUCUGCGAUAAGGGCGCCGAGCGAAAGACGCGCGAUGAGGAGCGGCGGGCCGCCAAGCGAAAGAUGACAGCCACGGGCAGAAAGAAGCUGGACGAGCUUUACCAUCCGGUGACGGAUCGGUCCGAGUUCUAUGGCAUGCAGGACUUCGCCAAGCCGCCGGUGCUGUUCUCGCCCGCCGAGGACAUGGAGAAGAGCUUCUACGGCCAUGAGACUGACUCGCCGGACCUGAAGGGGGCCUCACCGUUCCUGCUCCACGGCCAGAAGGUGGCCACGCCGACGCUCAAGUUCCACAAUCACUUUCCGCCCGACAUGCAGACCGAUAAGAAGGACCACAUACUGGACCAAAACAUGCUGACCAGCACACCACUGACCGACUUCGGUCCGCCGAUGAAGCGCGGCAGGAUGACGCCGCCGACCUCGGAGCGCGUGAUGUUGUAUGUGCGGCAGGAGAACGAGGAGGUGUACACGCCGCUGCACGUGGUGCCACCCACCACGAUUGGCCUGCUGAAUGCGAUUGAAAACAAAUACAAAAUCUCAACAACGAGCAUAAAUAACAUUUAUCGCACAAACAAGAAGGGGAUUACUGCGAAAAUUGACGAUGACAUGAUAUCGUUCUACUGCAACGAGGACAUCUUCCUGCUGGAGGUGCAACAGAUCGAGGACGACCUGUACGAUGUGACGCUCACGGAGCUGCCCAAUCAGUAGCGCUGGCAGUACGGUACGGGUAGCUCCCGAUAACCACCACACUCAAAACACACAUACACACACACAAAUUACGGACACAAGAAGUUGUUUCAAUAAGCCAUUUUCCAUAGAGCCUAAGUCUAAUAUCGUAGUUGUAUCGUAAAUGGGACACGCAACGCAACGAAUCGCGUUGCCACGGAAGUUAAGAACGCUAACGCUAACCUACGAUACGAGUACACAUGUAAAAUGAUAUAUAUAUACAUACUUAAAAUUCGAUUUAGUUAUUUAGCAACAAUGAGAUUAUCUAAAAUUGUUUGAUCAAAUUUUACAUUCUCGCUAUGUCUAUAGAUAUGUAUUUUGUAAGCCCAUAAUCGUAAUUGUAACCGUAACCGUAAUCGUAAUCGUACCGUGUAUUUAUGCUCAUAUAUCCUCCAUAAAUAUAUGUGCGGAGUGCAACAGUGUCUGUCCAGUAGGAGAUAAUAAGUCGAUAAGUCUCGUUUCCGCUCCCCUGCUUAUGCUAAGACCUUAGGUCCAGGGCAAGUAAGAGUUACAGAAUCUAUCUUUUAGGUGUAUCUAACGGAAGCAUUAGCUCUGCACGAACUCUAGACGUAGCCUGAUAAUAUUUUGUAAUCAUUUUGUAUGUUCGGCUUAAGCGUUUUACUUGUUGAAUAUAAAUUGUAAAAUUAUUUUUGAAAAAAAAACACACACACAAAACACAAAUCGUUUGUUCUAUAUUUCUGUUUCGAAACUAACUCGUUACAAUCCCUUUGUCCCCGCACAAUCUCCCCUCUGUUAUGUAUAAUUAGGAUCUCUGUACACAAAAAGAAAAAACAGCAUAUAUGAUGAAAACUUUGACGAUCAAAAAAUUGGUAAAACUCUCGCGAAGUAAUUAUCCCUAAAUCUAGAUAUACACCUAGAGAUAAGAACACUCUGCAAUAAAACAUGUUGAUAAAAAUCGUACUUAAGUCCAAGCUAAGGCAAAAACAAAAUCGAAAAAAAAAGAACUCAAAAAAAAAAACAUUUGUGUGCAUUUGUUGAAAAACAAAAAAAAUAUCUAAUGAACAAUAAUCAGCCGAGAAAGUUGAUUCAAAACUAAACAAUUUAAUCGAGUAACGAUGAUGAUGAUGAUCAGUAGCGCCACAAAUAAUCGCAACAUUCGGAUGAAUAUAUAGACACAGAUAUAUAUAUAUAAUAUGUAUAGGGAUAACACGUCGCAUAGCUCGAAUGCGUUUACAAUCUUUGUUUGCCAUAAUUAACAGUUUAAUUUAAUAAACGAAAAUGUUUUGUGUACAAUGUUAUUUGAAUUCAAGCAGAGACUUCACCGCGAGAUUUGCUUGGAAUUACGAAUACUCCGCAUCGAUUGCUACAAUUUUGAACAGUACGAGUUCAAUGCUCAAUAUUAUUAUUAAUUGUUUAUUAAUUGUAAUCUCCCUUAACUUUUACGCCACCUUACACCCUAAAAAUGCUCUAUUUUCUCUCUCUCCCUGUGCUGUCCCUUAACUCUUUUGAGAGGACGAAAAUCGUUUUCAACCUGACAUUUCCGGUGUUGUACAUCACAAUUUGUUUUUAAUUCUAGCCCUUAGUUCUAAAUGUACUAUUCAAGAUUAUACAAUAUUAUGAUAUGAGAUGAGAAGAGAGGAGAAGAGCUAAGAUAUCAGAGGAUAUGAAAUGAUGAUGAUGAAUCGAAAAUCUUGCCGGCAUGUUAUAAUUCUAUACGUUUAGUUAUCGUAUACUUAAGUUCUACGCUCUUUCUAUAUAUUGUAUACACAAAACAUACACAUAUAUUUUAAAAGCCAAUAAUUUAUUUUUUGUUACUGUUGGAAAACAAUUCCGCGAUAAAUAGAAAAGCGAAAAAAAAACCACAAAAAAAUCGUGAAAAUGCAACUGAGAAUAAGUGACAUUCCAUCGUGUGAGAAGUGCAUGUCCAACUUGAGAAAUUAUAAAAGAGACAAACAAACAAAAUAAAACAAAUUGUACAAUAUAAUUAUAAUGAAUACACAACAUUUAAAUAAAGAACAAAAA